AUGUCAGCGCCAACCCCUGCUCCCAAUGCACCGCCGAUUCCGAACUGGAAAGACAUGUCGCGCGAAGAGCAGAUCAGGAUGACCGAGCUUUGCAACGACUUUCAGUCUCGCAGAUCGAUGAGCACCACGACUACCAACCUUAGCGACGCGGGGACCUUGAAUUCAACCCCCAACGGCUUCAGCCAGGCCGCGAUCGACCGCAAGUUCCAGGAGACGAAACCCGAGUACGCCAAUUGGCUCCAAGAUCAACCACAAUACCAACAGCAACAAUCGCAGCAACAACAGCCACAGCAGCAGCAACAGCUUCCUUUCCAUUUCCCGCCGAGUUUGUCGCAACCGCAGCAGCAAAUGUCGGCCUUUAGCCAGCCCCAGCCCCAGCCUCAACCUCAGAUCCAGCCGCAGCCGCAGCAGCAACCGCAACCGCAGAGUCCGUUCUUGAAUCAGUCGAUCCCGUCGCAACCGUCGCAGCCGCAGCAGCCAAUGCAGAUCUCUUCCCAGUUGCAAAGCAUCCUGUCGCCUCGGCUGCAGCAGCAGCUUUUCGCGACCCCAUCUCAACAAGACCCCUUCCAGCCGGCGGUUUUGAUCCAGCCCAACCAGCAGCCCCAGGCCCAGACCCAGGUCCCGACGACCCCUAUAGUUCCCGGGCACUUCCCCUCGCCGGUCCAAGGCCGCGAGUCGCAGUCAGCAACGGUCCAGACCUCGCAACAUCCUCCGGCGAUGGCAUUCUCAGCGCCAGCGCCAGCGGCACAAAACUGGCUUCAAUUAAACACCCCCAAUAUCGCCUCCUUGAUGGCCAACUACAAGCCCGCCCCGACGCCGAACGCCGACCGAAGCCAGCUCCUGGCAGAGAACAACGCGAUGAUCGAGUCAGUCAGCAUGGCGUGGAAGCAGUUGGCGCACCAGAUGGGCAUAUUGGCGGAGGAGGAGGAGGAGGAGGAUGCGGCGAUGCUUGCGUCGCCCAACGCAGGCCGGGGUGCGGGCAAGAAGAAGAACAGGACGUCCAAGAAGGACAAGAGACUCGCCUCGGGGUUUAGUAGGACCUAG